CGAGGAGGAGUGUUUUAAAUAUAACGUAACUGUCACUUUGACAAUGGGACGUUUUAUGAAUCUGGCGUUUUGUCUGCUUUACACAACAACCAUAGCUAAAGCCAAAUGGUGUGAUGAGACCUUCCUUGCAACACCCAUGGACAGUCUGAAGGAACCUGUGGUUGGACGAAGAGGGACGUGCACAAUGUCAAUAAAGGGUAAAGCUGCAAUCGGCGCUAUAAUCGUGACUUUCAAGAAUGUCAACUUGACGUACCACGCGACAUGUGACGUCAGUAACAGCAUCGCCGUACACGAUGGCGAUUCAUCCGGCGCCAUCCUCGGUUUGGUUUGUGGCAACUACACAAGCACCUUCCAAAGUUCCGGCAACGUCCUCACUCUGCGCUAUCCCUCGGCUGAAGUAACGGACACAAACGCAUUUGAUCUAGAAUAUCGACAAUCGGACAUCAGCUGUUAUGGGCCUUCGGUGACCGCCGUGUCAUCCACAGAGUACAGCAUCUUUUCUGUCGGGUACCCUGUUGGUGUUCUGGUAUCGCGCUCGUGCUAUUGGUUUGUGAGGGCACCCGAAGGUCAGCGAGUUCGUGUCUCCAUAGAAACCGCUGGUGAUGUCAUCAGCACGUGUCAAGACGUCAACAUCAGAUUUGGAAACUCUUACAGGUACUUGAAGAAUGGGUAUGUUUGGUGCCCUGGGAAGACCAAUGUCUAUCAAAGUUGGGGGUUCAUGGCAUUACUGCGGUUGAAGAUACCACCGGGUUUGAGUAUACGUGCCAAGUAUAGAGCCCUCGAAGGGUCUACAUGUCGUGGUGAUUUCCGGGCAACACAAGAGGAACAAUUCCUUAUGACACCGGGAUACCCAAAUCCUUUUCCAAGUUACCUUGAAUGUCGAUGGGAGAUAAAAUCCCCUGACCCCACCAGUGGCAGUAUCCGGAUAGAUGUCCUAGAAAUGGAGCUCGUGGAGACGGAUGGGUGUUCGUCAGAUGUCAUCAGGAUUUAUGAUGGGAAAUCAAGAUACAAUAGGCUUGUUGCAACAGCUUGUCGAGGACCUGCAACAUUCUAUGUGUAUGGACAUUCAGCAAUGGUCCAGUUCAAAUCAUUGAGAGAUCGUAAUACUAAAUCAGGUUUUAAGCUGAAGUAUUACUAUACCAGAGCUGAGCCAUGCGGGGGAAGUCUCGUUGCCACCUCUACAACGCAGAAUGUUACAUCACCAGGAUACCCCGCCAACUAUCCCAACUCCGUGGAAUGUGUCUGGGCCAUUUCGGCCGACAACCCAAAAAGCAAAGUCCGGGUAACGUUUCUGGAGGCAGUGCUGCUUGACGCAAUGGAUGUGGUGAGAGUAUAUGAUGGCAACUCUACCUCCGGCUACUUACUGGGACAAGUGUCUGGAACGAACAAACCCUCCUUCACCAGUCAAGAGGCGUCACUUAGCUUGGUGUUUAUAACUAACGAAAGGGGACAGACGUAUAUUCCUGAACUUGCUAAAUCAGGAUUUGUAUUUGGAUACGUGGAAAUACAGGCUGAACCAUGCGGGGGAAGUCUCGUUGCCACCUCUACAACGCAGAAUGUUACAUCACCAGGAUACCCCGCCAACUACCCCAACCCCUUGGAAUGUGUCUGGACCAUUUCGGCCGACAGCCCAGAAAACAAAGUCAGAGUAACGUUUCUGGAAGCAGGUCUACUUGACGGUACAGAUGUUGUGAGAGUGUAUGAUGGUGACGCUACAUCCGGCUACUUACUGGGGCAAGUGUCUGGAAACAAUGGAAAUCCCACCUUCACUGGUCAAGAGGCGUCUCUUACCUUGGUAUUUACAGCUACAGACAAUGGACAGAAGCCUAGUACUCAAGUAGGAUUUGUGUUUGGAUACGUGGAAACACAGGUCACGCCACUCUUGCAACGUUCAAUUGAAGCUCAGCUUGAAGAAACCGUUUUGAUGUCACCCAGAUUCCCGGGAGGAAAAGUGAAAGACAUAAACGCUACCUGGACAGUGCGUUCUAAAUGGGACAGCUACGAGGUACUGUUAUCAUUCCUUGAGGUUGAUGUUGGUGACGUCAGCGACUGUAACAACAACUACAUUUCAGUGUAUCAAGGAUAUUCAUCAUCUGGUCAGAUUUCAAAGAUCUGUGAUAACGAAACAGGUACAUUCCUCAGCCGAGACAGAGAACUCUCCGUGGUCUUCAGGACAGACAGCAAACUGGCUAGACGAGGGUUUAAAGCUGAAUAUAAAAUGUCGAAAUUUGGAACCUUUGCCGGUUGUUUUGGUUUCCCGAAUGAAGUGCGUGUUUAUCCCAACACUAAGGGGAAUCUAGAAUCGCCAUUGUAUCCCAACAAAUACCCAAACUUGAUGAACUGUUCCACCCUAUUGAAGUCUAUCUUUGACGACCACUACAUCCAGCUGGAGGUGACAGACAUGAACAUGCCCCACCCCGAGGACACGGGCUGCACCAGAGACUUUGUGGAGUUCUUUGAUGGUCCGAGUUCUGCUUCGCCAAGUCUGGGUCGAGCCUGUGGCCAAACAAAGUUAACAGUUACGUCAAAACAUGCUGGCCAAGACGUGCUGGUCAUGUUUAUCUCUGACUCGAAUAAAGGUGGCAACGGGUAUAUGAUCAAAUACUCAGCUGUAAAAGAAGUUGGUCAAGAUACUGAAUCUUCAACUCCAGUUGGCCUCACACUUGGUAUCAUCGUUGGUUGCCUUGCUUUGAUCCUACUGGUUGGCAUCGUUGUCAUCAUAAGGAGAAGGUCAAUGAGGAAGUGGUCACUGGAACAACGUGAAAUACACCGUUAGUCUCAUCAUGGAAAAUGAAGGCUAUUUGGAACUAUUUAUAUCUCCAAAGCUAAACAGCGUGGUCACUAUCCCCUGCUCGUGGGGCACAUUUGAAUUUUGGAAUUCAUAUAGAAGUGAAUAUACAUGGAGAAAGGGAGGGUAACUCCAGACAAAUACGGCAUUAAAGUCUUGACUGGAACGUUGUGUAAAUGGCCUGACUGCAAUCACUUAAAGAUUAUUAAAUCCACUGCGAGCAAG